GGCAAUUUUUUAAACCCAAGACACGCAACAAAUCAAUCAUUGAAAGAGUCCGAUAAAUUGGAAGUCAUAAGCUUUCAGUCUUCAAAAUUGAUGAAAUGGCUGCUCAUCCACCACAAAACCCUGGUCUUAUUAAUGCUGGAGCAGGCUACCUGAAAUGGGAUGUUUUUAAGAACAAAUAUGUUUGGUUGAGUAAGGAAGAGGUGGAAUUUGCACGUAUCAAAAAAGAGGUGGCAGCUAAAAGAGCAAGCAAGAGGAAAUCUGGAGAACCAAAUCCCUAUGAGGCAAACCUUGUUAAUGAAAUGAAGAAAAUAAAGUUGAAUCAGGGAAAGCCUUUAUCUUACAAGGUCCAGGGAAAGAAGGGUAUCCGUCCACUUGCUGCACACAAUGCAAGAGGCAGUAAGGAGAAAGCCCCAUGUCAUCCAGCUCAGUGGCCAGUCAGUGAGAACCAUCAGCAGUAUGACAUAGCAUACGCCAAGGAAAAUAUGCCCAUUGGAUUGCAAGGAGAAAAGGGGGAUGGUACUUUUGGCAGGGAAGAUGUGGAUGAGUUAUUAGCGGGCCACACUCAGAUGCUGAAUGUAUUGAAUGUAAGGCUACUCCGCCUAAGAGCUGCCCAGACAAUAUGGCAUCAGCAGGGUGCGUCAGAUGUAGUCUCCUAUCUGCAGAAGAUCAAUAAUGAUUCUGUGACUGUGGACAUCCUGCCUUAUUUAACCAAGUGUAUAAGAGAUGACUGGAGGCCCCUGUCUAUGGGAGCUUGCAUGGACCUGUUACCUUCAUUGAAGAAGCUGCUGACAAGCAAGUUUGAGGACUACAUCAUAAGCAGCUUAGAUUUCAUUAGAGCAGUUCUUAAGAAGUGGUGGAAGGAGAUCUCCAGUGAUCAUAAUCAGAGCGGAAUGAUGCUUAGAAGCAGGAGUGUGAUUGGUGUGUAUACAUCCCUGAAGGCUAUGACUGAUAUUGUUGAUAAACUAUCUGAGAGAACAGAUAGAACUGGAGAGAGAGCCAGGCUUGUUCAAGUCUUCCUGAAACAGUUGUGAAGUCCAGUUUGUUAGAUGUAAAAGUAAGCAUCAGGAGAGAUUUGAUAAGCUUUGCCAUAGUCACUGAAAACUUGAAGGCUGGAUCACCCAUUUGGGAAAAAACAGCUCAUGUCCGUCCUUUAUACAGAUUUUCCAUAAACCAUAACCUGCUUGGUUGUUUAGGACAAAACGACUAGAUGUGUAUAGUGUGUGAAUGUGUGCAUUAUGUCAGUUUAUGUGAUCUCAUAAAUUAUCUUGGUACCUUUGGUACUCCAUAGUGGUGGAUUUAUACCUUUUUUUGGUGUAAAUAUCUUUGAGAAAUCUUUACAUAGUAAGAUUUAGACACUAUUAUCAACACAUGAAUGUUAUAGCAUUAGAAAAAUUCACAUUUGUUAUAUUCAAAAUCAUGGUGGGGAGGAGUAUUUUAUUCUUGUGAAUAUUACAUAAAUAUUAUUUGAAUUUUCUUAAAGAAAAAAACAAGCCACAUACAUAUAACUUGUUACAGAGUAUGCAAUCAAUUUAUUGCCAAGACGUACAGAAAGUGUGGAUGCUUUUUAAUACUUGUCUGUGAAAAUAUGCUUAAACAUGUUAUAAAAAGAAGAAAUGCAGAACUUCUUCAUGCUGUUCAGUGAUAGUCUGCAUAUUUAUUCAUAAAUUAGUUUCAAAUAUGCAAAAAAAAAAAA